UCCCAGUUUCUCCUCUCUCCACCUCCUCUCAUUUUGGUGGCGGGGAAGGACGGGAGUGAAAAUCUCUACUUCUCAUCUGCAGUCGCUUCACCAGUGAGAGACUCCUGGAGGAAUUUCGGUCGGGAAAUAGAUACAAACACCUGCACCUGUGCCGAGGCUUCUUCGAGAAGAGACGCCGAUUAACUUCUGCAAAACCAAGCCGAGAAGUCUAAACAUGAAGCUGGAUGCGCCUCUGCGUGCGCUGCUGUGCGCCAUCUGUUUCUUUGUCCUGCUAUCGCCCUCUACUUCCCUCCAUGAGCCUGCUUGCCUCUUCUCAGAUGAUUCGAAGCUUCUCCAUGUAACCAUCCCCGCCACCCAACCUGUGUUUGCGGUGCUCGGUGGCUCUCUGACUUUACCCUGCCUGGUGUCUCUGGCACACCCUCCGCCAUCCCCCUCUACCAAUGGUCGCCACGCUGUGCUGUCUGUCCCCCGGAUUAAAUGGAGUAUCCUAAAUCAUGGCAUGGAGACAGAGAUCCUGGUGGCCCGCGGUGACAGAGUGAGGGUCAGUGAGGCCUACAAGGAACGGGCCUCUCUGUUCAACUAUGCCUACUCCCCCGCUGACCUCACCCUGCGUCUUGAGAGCGUGAGGCAGAACGACACUGGUUUUUACCGCUGUGAGGUGCAGCAAGGUCUCGAGGAUGCUAAUGAUGUUGUGCAGGUCAAGGUCAAAGGAGUGGUGUUUCACUACCGUGAUGCAUCCAGCCGCUACGCUUUUACCUUUGAGCAGGCUAAAGAGGCUUGUGAGGACAUCGGGGCUGACAUCGCUACCCCAGAGCAGCUAUUUGCUGCUUAUAACAGCGGAUAUGAGCAGUGUGAUGCAGGCUGGCUCUCAGACCACUCUGUGAGAUACCCCAUUCAGAUGCCAAGAGAGGGCUGUUUUGGAGACAUGGAUGGCUUGCCAGGAGUGAGGAACUAUGGACUAUUAGAGCCCGAUGAGCUGUAUGACGUGUACUGCUAUGUGGAGAAUAUUCAUGGUGAGGUGUUCCAUGGCUCCACCCCCCAGCGUUUCACCUUUGGUGAGGCAAAGGCCUACUGUCUCAGUCAUGGUGCAGAGUUGUCCACCACUGCUCAGCUUUAUGCAGCUUGGAAUGACGGACUAAAUCACUGCAGCCCAGGGUGGCUGGCAGACGGGAGUGUGCGAUACCCCAUUGUCACCCCUAGAGAGCGCUGUGGAGGUGGUGAACCUGGGGUCCGAACCGUUUACAGAUACAGCAACCAGACGGGCUUUCCUGAGACCCACUCUCGACAUGAUGUCUACUGCUUCAGAAGUGAUAAUGGCCCCUACACAGAUUCUCCCCAGGAUUUAGCCACUGAGCCAGAGGAUAUUGGCCAAGAUAUUGUUUUUGUAACUACGUCCUCACGGGAGGAUGUCAGCAAAAGUGAAGCCACGACAGAUGGAGUUGCCCAGACUACAAAUCCAAUAAAGCAGGGUACUGUCGAUGCUCACACAGUGACAAUAUCACAAUUGACAGCAGACAUUCCUCAGACUGCAACUCCUCUGUCUGAUCACCAAGAGCACAUGUCCACCCUUGACACUUGGGAACUGGUAAAGAAAGCCAACUACCCUGAGUCCUAUCAGCCAGCACCCGAAGAGGAUCCAGACACAGAUCACGAGGAGUCGUAUAUAAUUUCAUCCCCUUCUCCAAACACAGAUAAUGUAGUUACAGUUGGUUAUUACUCCAUUAUACCCAUAACUGAUGUGGCAGAUCCAGAAAGUGGAGAACCCACAGAGCAUCAUAUUUCUAUGACUGAAAAUCCAGAUGUGCCAGUUAGUAAUGCCACAUCUGGAGCUGAUGAGGUACAUCAAGAGUGGGAUUUACCUGUUUUGCAAACGGACCACACUCCAUAUGUCCCUGAGGAAAAUGCCUCAGUGACUGAGCUUGUCUAUGUGAGCACCUCUUAUGAUGCUUCAGAACAGCCAGAAGAAGCCAGCACUGGUACUAUUGAGGAGAUAUCAGUGGCAAUGACUUCACUCCACACUGAGGUAACAGAUGUUCUUGCCACUUCACCGAUGCCAGCUUUUGCUUUUGAUAAAAGUACAUCUGAUGAUUCUCCAGACGAAGAACAGGAGCAUUCUGUGACAGUCGAUUUGGACACCACUGCCAUAACCAAAGUGGUCACUAAGUCAAACCUUGAUACAAGUUACGAUCCUACUCAAGCCCACUCAGAUGUAACGGAGUCCUCCAUCCCAAUUGAGCAUAGCGCUGAGGAAUUGAGUAGCACUUCAGGAGACGUGACAACAGAUGAUCUGACAGAGCAGAGUGGACACAACCCUCCAACUAUAAUCUCAACAGCAGAGGUCAUCACUUUCUCAGACGACACAGGCUCCAGCAUCGACGCUCCUGUUCUAAAAAACCAACCUGUCUUAUUGUUGGGAUCCCCAAUCUCUGCAACCUUAUCUCCUCCUCCUGUUGAAGUUGAAGCCAGUUCAGAGAUAAUAACCUACAUACCAGAAAGCAACGUUUCAUCUGGGGCUGAGCCAUUGGACGACAUUCAGGAUAAACCCGAAAUGGAGGGAUUAGGAGACAGCUCAGUGAUUAUCCUCCGUACAUCCCAAAAUAUCACAAAUAUUGCACCAGAGGAGACCGAAAAAGAUGUCACAGAAGGACCAGGUAAAUCGUCAGGAGAAAACCCAGAAAACUCAGGGGACACCAAUUCAGAAGGAGUUAAUGGUGAUGCUGGCACGAAUGCACCUCAUUCAGAGAUAAAAAUCACUCUGAUCCCUCGUUUAACACUCACACCCAAUUGGGAACCUGAGCUUUCUCCCGCCACACCACAGGAGUCUCGGUCUGAUCGAGAAUAUAGUGCCGAGCCUCCUGCUGCUCCUGAGGAAACUGAUGAUGCUUCUAACGAGCAAGAGAUCAACACCGGGACCAUUAAUGCUAUAACUCCAAAAGAGCUGCUGUUUGUUACAAUAACAUCUCUGUCAGACACAGUAGAGCUGCAAAUGGGAGUAACAGCUCCUUCAGUUGACUGUGAUGAUAUGACUAUCAUUGCUCCCACCAUAUACCCUGUGUAUUUUGAAGGGAACGAGCAGACUGCCAUGGCUGCCUCCCUGCCUGCUGCCAAAGUUUCAGCUGCAGGACAAGGAAGCUUUUCAGACUCCUGCUUGGAGAAUCCCUGUUUGAAUGGAGGCACGUGUGUCGACGGUGAAUCGCUAAGAUGCUUUUGUCUACCCGGUUAUGGAGGAGACUUUUGCCAGAAAGACCUGGAGAUGUGUGAGCCAGGCUGGGAGAAAUUUCAAGGAUAUUGUUAUCGUCAUUUUAGCAAGCGGCAGAGCUGGGAGGCAGCUGAGCAGCACUGUCGGAUGUGCGGCGGGCAUCUACUCUCUGUCAUGACUCCUGAGGAGCAGGACUACAUCAAUGAAAAAUACAGAGAAUAUCAGUGGAUUGGACUAAAUGACAGGACCAUUGAGGGAGAUUUCCGCUGGUCAGAUGGAAACCCACUGCUCUAUGAAAACUGGUACAAAGGGCAGCCUGACAGCUACUUCCUGUCUGGUGAGGACUGUGCGGUGAUGGUGUGGCAUGAUGGAGGCCGCUGGAGUGACGUGCCAUGCAACUACCACUUGUCAUACACCUGCAAGAAGGGCGUCACCUCCUGUGGUGAGCCCCCCCAUGUUCCCCAUGCCAAGGUGUUUGGGAAAAAGCGGUCGCGUUACGAGACAAACACCAAAGUGCGAUACUACUGUGAAGAGGAUUUUGUCCAGAAAAUGAAUCCUGUCAUUAAAUGCCUGCCAGGUGGCCAGUGGGAAGAGCCUCAAAUUACCUGCAUGCCAACUCAUUCAGAAGAAGAGGACCUAGUUAACGUACAUGCUGAGCAGCGCGAGGAGGCCAUGGGUACAGCCACAGAGAAAGCAGCCCCGCUCUACUGGGACAUUAACUGGAAUGUUUAAAGCCAUCCUGCCUUAUUUAAAGCAAAAAUCAAACAUUCCUUCUCCUGUUUUCACACUUUUCUUGUUUCUUAUAAGUCAGUCCUGCCCAGUUUCUGCAUUAAAUUGCCCUGAAUAAAACAAGUUGUUCAUUUUAACAUCAUCUCAAGGUCACAGUUCCUGCAAUAAUGGACAAUUCUGGAAAAGUGCUCUAAUUUAAAUUUGUGUUUUACAGUGUUGACCAAAGCGUGUCUAAAAUGUUUGUGAAAUCAAGGAAAAUCCGUUCAUAUUGUUUAAAAAUGCAGUUCGAUCUAGACAUGCAUGGAAAAAAUAUGAUUCCCAGAAUAAUUUUCCAAUGAACCUUAUCAAAAGAUAAAGUAGGAUCCAACACGCAUUUUGGAUCAGUAGACGACACUUUGGUGCAACAAUCAUCCACCUCCUUUUUUGAAUAAAUGGGUUUCUGUUUAAAAAGAAAAAAAAAACCAAUUUUUUGCUGGAGUAUGUAUGGAAGAAAUACAUCCUUACUUUUAAUACACAAGGACAAUUUUUAAGCAGGUGGACAACUUUUAUAUAAAUCAAUUAGAAUCAGUUAGAAGAUGAGAGAUCUGUGGUAUAAUUAGAACAAUAAUUGUAGAUUAUGGAAACAAUUAGGUCUUGCGUAUCUAUGUAUGAUGAUUAGCCUGUAAUACCUGAAAUACACCAAAUCAAAUGGAAACCAAGUACCAAGUAGAUGAUGUAAAAAAAAAAAUUUGACCCAAGCUGUUAAUACGAUAUGGGCGGCUAAGAGAUCAAGGAAUAUUUAUGAACCAGUAACUGUAGCCAGUUAUGACUUAGUAACACUGUUACCGAUGCAACUUACUUUCACAAUCAGCCGUUCUGUAGCUGGCCUUUGUUGUGUUUUAGGUGACGAUAGCAGACAUUGAAAUCAACCUGUUGACAAUGUUGAAUUCUUGAAUUUGACUGCUGCUACCACACACUGUAAUUUUAACAUAUUUGUAACAAACUGCUGUUCAUGAUAGUUUGAUGAGUUUCUGAUAGGUGUUAAAUGUAACAAAGUGUGAAUUGAUUGUCAGCAUCAGCUGGUCUGACAUUCACUAAAAUCUGUUGUUCUUACAGUC